CUGAUCAGAAAAGGCUCUGAAAGCCGCUUAGUUCGCGACCGACACAUCACUACGUCACGUCGUUGGUCGUCCUUUCUAGAAAAAAAAUGGCGGCUGUUGACAUCGACGUGCCGGUGGAUGCCGAGCUUCAGCUUCACAGUCAGGACGACCUGGAACGCGAGGCCGAAGGCUUCAAAGAGCAAGGCAAUGCAUUUUACAGUAAGAAGGACUACUCCAAAGCGUUCAAUUACUACACCAAGGCUAUCGACGCAUGUCCUAAAAAUGCCAGCUAUUACGGCAACAGGGCAGCUACACUCAUGAUGCUGUGCCGCUUUCGGGAGGCGUUGGAAGAUUCCCAGCAGGCAGUGCGGUUGGACGACUGCUUCAUGAAGGGUCAUUUACGCGAGGGGAAGUGCCACCUGUCUCUUGGGAAUGCCAUGGCCGCCAGUCGCUGCUUCCAGAAGGUUCUGGAAAUGGAACCCAGCAACAGAGAGGCCCAGCAGGAGAACAAGAACGCGGAAACGCUGCUCGAGUUUGAACGACUUGCAGAUUUUGGCUUUGAAAAGCGAGACUUCCGAAAGGUGGUGUACUGUAUGGACCGGGCCUUAGCUUUGGCGUCUGCCUGCCACCGCUUCAAAAUCCUCAAGGCUGAGUGCCUGGCUCUGCUUGGACGCUAUCCCGAAGCUCAGUCUGUCGCUAGUGAUAUCCUACGCAUGGAUUCCACCAACGCAGACGCCCUUUACGUCCGUGGCUUGUGUCUCUACUACGAGGACUGCAUCGAUAAAGCCGUACAGUUCUUUGUCCAGGCUCUGCGCAUGGCACCCGAUCAUGAAAAGGCCCGGCUUGCUUGCAGGAAUGCCAAAGCCUUGAAAGCCAAGAAAGAGGAGGGUAACCUGACAUUUAAAAACAACAACUAUGAUGCUGCCUACCAGCUGUACACUGAAGCUCUGGGGAUCGACCCGAACAACAUCAAGACCAACGCCAAACUCUACUGCAACAGAGCCACAGCGGGUGUAAAGCUGCGUAAACUGAAUCAGGCCAUUGACGACUGCACCAGUGCGAUCAAACUAGAUGACAGCUACAUCAAAGCGUACUUGAGAAGAGCUCAAUGCUACAUGGACACAGAACAGUACGAAGAGGCUGUACGCGACUAUGAGAAAGUUUACCAGACUGAAAAAACAGCAGACCACAAACAUCUGCUGAAGACGGCCAAGUUGGAGCUGAAGAAGAGCAAGAGGAAAGACUACUACAAGGUGCUCGGAGUCGGCAAAAAUGCGACAGAAGACGAGAUCAAGAAAGCGUACCGUAAAAGGGCCCUGAUGCACCAUCCAGACCGCCACAGUUCGGCCACUCCCGAGGUGCAAAAGGAAGAGGAGAAGAAAUUCAAGGAAGUUGGCGAGGCCUUCACCAUUCUAUCUGACCCUAAAAAGAAGGUCCGCUACGACAACGGGCAUGACCUCGCUGACGACGGCUCCUUCGAUGGCGGAGAUUUUGAUGCAAACAACAUCUUCAGGGCUUUCUUCGGUGGCCACAGUGGAGGAUUUACGUUUGAUUCCAGUGCAGACUCCGGACCUGGAAAUUUCUUUUUCCAGUUUGGCUAAAAAAAAAAAAAAAGGAGCACAUAAUAAUAAAACCUCGCCCUAUGGUGUACCCUGUCAACAUGAUGGUCCACAAGCCACACCAGGACUCACGCAGCUUUUUGGAUUGACUUCUAUACAGUGGUAGGAAAAAGGAUUUGCCCCUUUUCUUGAUUUUAUCACACUUAAAUGUUUCUCAAUGACAACCCAACUGAACACCAAAUGCACUUUUUAAACGAACCUUUUUAUUAAGAGAGAAAAAAACCCAAACCUAUAUGAUCCUUUGUGGAAAAAGUGAUUUUGGGCUGUUUUGCUGCUUCAGGACCUGGAAAACUUGAAAUCGACCUUGGAUUCUGAAGCACGUUUCAUUUAAAAAAUAGCAUUUUAUGUUCAGUUGUGUUGCCAUUGACUAAUAUUUAAGUUUCUUUAACGAUGUCUGUGAGGGGGCAAACACUUUUACUCGCCGCCGUAAAUAUAUUCCUUGUAUUGAUGCUUAAAAACUCCCGAUAAUGCUGUUUAUGUAACAAAACGAGCAGCAUUUGGAGCAUGUUGCCAAAAUGAAAUGAACUGAUUUGUAUGUUAAAACUCCCUCUGGAAAUCGAAUCAUUGUAUUUCAUUACUUACAUGAUACAAAGUGUACAUUUUUAUUGUUUUCAUCCUCAACACCUGAACAUUUUUUUUUUCCAAGUCCAGGUUUUACUGGCUUUCUUCCUUCUUCUCUUCUCUUUCCCUGCUCAUCAAGCUGCAAUGUAUAUUUGACUUGAAUGUAAAGUUCUUAGAUGUUCAUAAAUGUUUUUUUUUCUCUCUAUCUAUCCUCCUUGGUCUGUUUUAUAUUUAUUGUUCUGUAUGCAGCAUUUUUAUGAAAUGAAACAAUACUUUAUUUCUCCUUUCCGUUCAUUUUGCUGUGCAGACUUAUCCUUUAAAAAAAAAAAAAAUUAACUCGACACAUUUGCAGCACCAAGCACUCACUUGUACUACUGUAUUAUCUGCAUAUUUGAAGCGGUGCCUUACCCGAAAGAGGAAAUGAUGCGAUGACGCCAGUUAACCGUUGAUUGCAAUACAUACUGUAGUGAAAGACGUCUUGUUUGGCCACCGUCACUCGUCGUGUUGUCAUGCAUGUUGACUCACUUUAUUAUCCCCUCCCACUUGCUCCACCUGUUUAAAGAGCCACUUUAACUAGGUGGAACACGUGUGCUAAUUCUACUCUGUGUCAUAUUUUUAAAACAUGUUUUUU